AAUACUUAUUAUUUGACUAUUAGUCAUCAUGUCAUUUUGAUGUUUUGGAAAGUGUUGAAAUUGAUAAAUUGUUUGUUAUUCAUUUUAUUAUUGUAGUUUGCCACACCUACCUUCAUAUAUUUAGCGUGCUGUAGCAAAUAUAUAGACAGGAUAUGAAAUAACCAAAACAAGCACCAGUGGAAUGCCCAUACAUAUUGAUUACCUAGAAAUAUAGUCGGAUCAUCUGACCGUUGACAAAGUAAAAAAACCAUUCAAUAACCAUGGAGGCAGCUCCUAGACUGCCUAUGCUGUCCUUUGAUCUGAAAGUGCCCACCGAGAAUACUCAGUUUGCCCCCCAAUUGAAACAGUACAUUGCCACCUUUUAUAAUGAAGAUCCCGAGUCCUACAGUACGGAAAUUAACAAUUUGGAAUCCUUACGAGCCGCAGCAGUCCGCCCGUCCACGGACUACAACGGGAUUCAGUUACUGAAAAAGUACUAUUGUCAGCUACACUUCUUGAAGUCUAGGUUUCCCAUGGAGGAGAACCAGGAGGCUGCUGUUCAGUUCUCGUGGAAAGAUAAUCAGUUUGAUAUUCGUAACUCAUCGUCUGAUAUAAGGUUCGAAAUGAUGGUGAUAAUGUACAAUAUCGGUGCCCUGCAUUCGCACUUGGGCAGUGUAGAUUCAAGAACCAAUUCUGAGGGAAUGAAAAUGGCAUGCACCCAUUUUCAGUGUGCUGCAUGGGCAUUUCAGAAUGUGAAGGAGAAAUACCAACAGUUCAUAACGUACAUCUCUCUGGUUCAGUUGGUGCACUUUUUCCAGCAAGUAUGUUUGUCCCAGGCCCAAGAGUGCAUUUUGGAGAAGAGUAUGCUGGAUAAUCGGAAGGCAACUAUAAUUGCAAAAGUGGCAGUUCAAGUCCACAACUACUACCGCCAGUCCCUGAGCAUCUUGGAAUCAGCAAGCGACGACUUGUUCAGAGAUAAAAUGUGCAAGGAGUGGGUCAAGUUUCUGCAAUUCAAAAUAGCGUACUACAAGUGCGUGGCUUUACUCUUUCAAGGCCAGCAAGCGGAGGAGCAGCAGAAGAUGGGCGAGCGAGUUGCGUUUUAUCAAGCUGCAUGUGAACAGUUGGAGGAAGCCAAGAAAUGGGCAAAUUCAUUGAAAAACCAAAAGCAAGAAAUCAACGAAGGUCUAGCCUUCACCCAGGAUGUUGUUGAAGGCAAGAGAAAAGCCGCUAAAAACGAAAACGAAUUCAUCUACCAUGAGUCGGUUCCCGACAAAGAUCAUCUGCAAGAGGUGAAGGGGGCUUCCCUGGUGAAGGGCAUUCCUUUCGACGUCAAAGACCCGGAAAUAUCUGGCCCCGACAUUUUCGCCAGGCUUGUCCCGAUGGAAGCACAUGAGGGUGCUUCGUUGUACAGCGAGAAGAAGGCUCAGAUGCUGAGGCAAAUUGGCGAACUGAUCGAGACCAAAGAUCAAGCCCUUGCGGAGUUUAUGUCGUCUAUGCAAUUGGAUUUGUUAACAAAGAUGCACCAAGCUACAGGCAUCCCGCAAGACCUCAUCGACAGAGCUGCAGCGCUUUCUGUCCGUCCAACAGCAACUCAAGACCUCGUCAGCAUUAUGGGAAAACUGUCGAACAUAUACCAAGAAGUGGAAUCGAACUUGAACGAAAUUGACGCUUUACUAAAAGAGGAAGACGAGGCGGAAAAGGGUUAUCAAGAGAUCAUGGGUAAAAGACCGCCGAGCAUCAUUGCUACGGAUUUAGCUAGGGAGGCUGCUAAGUAUCGAGAAGCGCAUACCAAAGCAAAUGAUUCGAAUCAGACCUUGCACAGAGCCAUGACUGCACAUGUCGCCAACUUGAAAAUAAUGCAGAUGCCGUUGAAGCAGCUGCAGCAACAGUUACCGACAGUGGAGAUGCCGAAUCCAAAUAUCGACGAAAAAGUUUUGAAAGACCUCGAAACCCUUGUCGCCAAAACCGAAGAAAUGCGAAACCAACGGGCAAUGCUUUGGGCUCAACUCAGAGAGUCUGUCCAUCAAGACGAUAUCACAAACGCCCUAGUAACGAAACAGCCGAAUGUCUCUCGCGACCAGCUCUUCCAACAAGAACUGCAGAAACAUCAACACCUGACCGAGUUGAUUGAACAAAACGCCGCCGCUCAGGAUAAUAUUAGGAAAGCUCUAGUCGAUACAUAUGCUCGAGCGGUGAACACCAGAAGGUACAUCCAGGACAUUCUCCAGAAGCGGUCCUCCACCAUCAACGCCUUGGUAGCCUCGUGUGACGCCUAUGAAGAUCUCGUGGCGAAAGUGAACAAGGGCAUCGAGUUUUACACGAAGCUCGAGACGAACGUCUCGAAACUACUGCAGCGUAUUAAGAGCGCCUGCAAAGUGCAGCAGGAGGAGCGCGAGCAGAUGCUCUCGAAGAAUGAAGUUCCCAAGCCCUCUACGGAAGCUACUCCCGCGGCGCCGAAGCUGAAGGACUAUUUGGAAUCGAGGAAGAAGAAUCCGGCGGUGGGAAACUACCCGCCGGGAAACUAUCUGCCGCAAGGGGUGCGCCCCACUCCUCUCGGAUCAGAAGUGUCUGACUUGCCAAUGACUGGCGUCAAUGAACCAGGGCAGUAUGGCUACGCGCAGGUUCCGACGGCUGGCGCCGCGUAUUCUUACGGCGGCGUCGAUAUGGAACUAGCAAAGAGGAUGAGAGGGUUAUCGACCGAUACCAAGCAAGACGCGUAUCACGCGAACUACAGCUCUUUUGUGCCACAGAACUACACGCCAAACACGUACCCCCUCACGCAGACUACAAUAACGCAAGCUGAGCCGAUUUCUCCUUACAACCCUGCGAAGGCGUAUACCGGUACCACCGACUCGUAUCGCCGUAUGCCGACUCAAACGUCGCUCAGUAACACGAGCACCAACAUGCAGUACCCAGACUCGAGCUUGAGUGGUACGCCGGUCUCGGAGGCUUACUACGGCGGAAACUACCACUACCCCGCGUUUUCAGUGGCGGGUUAUUCUCGGGGCGGCCCAUCUACUCAACAAUACAAUAUUGACACAUAUUACCCUCAAGGUUAUGCACCCGGACAGUCGUACCAGCCCAGCGGAACCGACGCUCUCGGUGCCGGCAAUAUGCAGUACCAUCCAAUGGAGUACGCAUCUUCGGUACCAUCGGAUCAGGUGAAGUACAGCUAUCCUUCGACGUAUACGUCGCCGGUGCCCAACAUGGCUAGUACUAACGCUGGUGAGGCUACUUACCUAUCGACAAAUACCGGGUACUACUAUGGUGCUAGUGAGGCAUCUGGAAGUGGUACUGCGUUGGGCGGUGGUGCCACAGCAGCUAGCAGUGGUACCAUUUCAGGCGACGGCGGUACCAUUUCGGGUGGUGGUGCUAUAUCGAGCGGUAGUACCAUUUCGGGCGGUGGUACCAUAUCGGGUGGUAGUACUAUUUUGGGUGGCGGUGCCAUCUUGGGCAGUUAUGUCCCUCCGGCUGUAGGUGCCACCUCGAAUGUUUAUAACGCUUCAGGUACCGAGCAGGCCAAUUCGGUGAAGUAUCAGUGCCAGAACCCCGGCGUUUCUGGGUACUACUCGAGCCAGUGGAAUAGUAGUACCUCUCAAGGGUUGCCUGUUGGAACUUGGGGUACUGUACAGGGUUACCAGAACGUCGCGCCGCAAGUUUAUUCUGGCGAAGGUUACAGCCAGCAAUGCUACCAAACUGCUGCUUCACAGAACAGCAGUACUUCUAGUGGCGCAUAUGGAAGCUACUAUGGAGAAUCCUACGCCUCUCCUAGUUACACCCCUCAACCAGCUCAGCAAACCCCUCAGGUACCCACUCAGCAAACCCCUCAGGUACCCAGUCAGCAAACCUAUCAAGUACCUACUCAGCAAACCCCUCAGGUACCCAGUCAGCAAACCUAUCAAGUACCUACUCAGCAAACCCCUCAGGUACCCAGUCAGCAAACCUAUCAAGUACCUACUCAGCAAACCCCUCAGGUACCCAGUCAGCAAACCUAUCAAGUACCUACUCAGCAAACCCCUCAGGUACCCAGUCAGCAAACCUAUCAGGUACCCACUCAGCAAACCCCUCAGUUACCCAUUCAGAAUCUUCAACAACCCCUUCAGCAACUUCCUGUCGCUACCAAAGAAUCCAACAUAGAUCUGCUGAGCGGUCUGGACUUCACCAUAAGUCAAGCUCCUUUGGUACCGCAGCAAAAUGUUCUCCCGGCCAAACCUGCAGAAAUAAAAAGUGAAGGUUCCAUCAAGGCUCCUGUUUCCAAGGAAGAAAUCCCUCCUUUGGUGCAAGAAGUGAAACGCCCGGCAUUCAAAGUUUUGCCGAGCAAGCCUUUGAACAAUGCAGAUGUUAAGGCCUUGUUCCACCAGGAGGUCGAGCGAUAUGAGAAAUUUGUUGAGACGUUGACGAACAAGACGCUGAGCGGUCCGACCAGUUUGGAUGUCAAGUGGAAAGAGAUUCAGGACAAGCAGGACAGCGAUUCGCAGAAGAGGAUUGUUUCGGUCGCGAGGUGUUAUCCGAUGAAGAAUCGGUUCCCUGAUAUAUUGCCAUACGACUAUUCUCGAGUGGAGUUGUGCGGGGCCAAGGACGAUUAUAUUAAUGCUUCGUUCGUGAAGGACGUCUCUCCUUACGCCCCACCUUUCAUCGUAACACAGUCUCCAUUAUCUUCAACUAUUGGCGAUUUUUGGACGAUGAUACGAGAGCAGCAAGUUGAAUUGAUAUUUUGCUUGUCAAACGACACGGAGAUCGCCGACGAAGUGUAUUGGCCCAACGAGAAAGGCCAAAGCUUGAACGUAUUGAAUAUGGUUAUAUCUUUGCAAAGCAUCAUAGUGAAAUCUCAUUGGACGGAGAGGCUGAUUUCCGUUAACGUUCCGGAGAAACGGGAUUCGCGAGUCGUUAUGCAUUUGCAGUUUACUUCUUGGCCGGGAAGCUUGUUUCCAACGAAGCCGGACCCGUUCAUUGAGUACACUUUGGAACUGAUAAAUACCUGCCAACAACAAAGAUGCAACACUCACCCCGUGGUGGUCCAUUGCUCGCCGGGUAUUGGCAAAAGCGGAUUGCUGUGCUUGCUCACUGCCGCCAUAUUCGACGUGACCAAUAACGCCAAUACAGUUCCCGAUCUAGCUGCCUUAACCGUGAAAUUGAACAGCUGCCGAAAGAAUAUUUUGAGGGACAGAGAACAUCUGAAGUUUGCCUACGAGAGCUUUUUGGGGUACAUGAAGUGGGUUGUUUCUCAAGAUAAAUUGAAGAAGAAAAUGAACGAGGUAGUGCCUAAAGUAAAAGAAGAAACCAAACCAACAACCGAAGUUGUAGAAAAUAACAUUGACCCUCUGAGUUCUCUUGAUCCUUUUUGGGCAAGUAAGAAAUAAAACCCCGUUUUCAUUCCUUAACAUUUUAUAUUCUUACAUAAUAAUUUAUUCAGAUCUUAUAAUUAUCAGCUAUUGGUGAUAAUGGUAAUUAUAUUAUAUUUGUUACCUUACUUUUAAAUGUUCAAUAUUUUUGAGUUUUAAACAGAUUUGGAAAUUAUAAAGUUGAGUUUUAAACAUAUUUGGAAAUUAUAAAGUUGAGUUGUAAAGUUUAGUUUUAAACAGAUUUGGAAAUUUUAAAGUUUAGUUGUAAAGUUGAGUUUUUAACAGAUUUGGAAAUUAUAAAGUACCUACUAUAAGUUUCAAGUUGGCUGUGUAAAGUACAGCUCUUGAGAUACGACUGAAAUUAUAAUUUCUUUAGAAUCAAUU